UUAACUGAAGCUCGUAGCAAUUGUUUGAUUAAAAAAUUAUCGGUAAAUUGAUAUAGAUUGUUCUGAUUAUUUCCAUUAAUUAAAAGUAUGGAAGGUGCGCCGUUUGACGAUCAAAGUUUUAAUGACUUCAACAACCAACCUUUGCCAUCUUUGGCAUCGACUCUUCUAAACAAGAAUCAGGAAAACCUUAAUGUGCAUUCUAUACAGGUGAUGCUCGGGAUUCAACAACAGCACGACAUGUUUGGAAACAUGGGAUCACCGAUGGAAUACAAAGGCUCUCCUCAAAAACUGGACGGUUCUCCCAUACACCACCAAGAUUUGGGGAUGUACUCACCCGGAAUGGAAAAUAUUAACAACAACUCCAAUGGGGUAAAGAGAAAAAAUGAAGAUGUAGUGCUACUUCAGUCGCAUAACUUAAGUUCUACUGAAAUUGGCAGUACGCAAAAUACAAGUACGAAAAAGAAUGACAAGAAGAAAAAUGAUAAUGGAGUUAAAAAGAAAAAAACAAGAACCACCUUCACGGCUUUUCAAUUAGAAGAAUUAGAAAGAGCCUUUGAGCGAGCCCCAUAUCCAGAUGUCUUCGCGAGAGAAGAACUAGCAUUAAAAUUAAAUUUGAGUGAAUCCAGGGUCCAAGUUUGGUUUCAGAAUAGACGAGCAAAAUGGAGGAAGCGUGAACCACCACGAAAAACUGGAUAUAUUAGCUCAGCAUCACCAAGUCCAAAUAUUGCUACAAACUUCAAUAAUACCAUUCCUUUCACACAAGCCAAUACACUGAGUACUUCAGCACCAGUAGAUUCUUGGAGCUACCAGUCUUAUGAAUUAGGUCCUCAUUUAAACUUACUUAAUAGUACCUCGGGAACUUAUUCGAGCUUCGGCUCACCAGCUUCCUAUUCAAGCUUUGGCUCGGCUCAAAAUAGUUAUUCUUAUAUGUUAAACUCACACGAAAGCCAACUAUUCAGUGCUCCGAUGCGUAGCCAUGAAUAUUCAGCAGCGCCUGCAAACCCAAGUCCACCUUUAGGUCGAGAAUACUCCAUGCUGCAGACGCAUUCACCAAGUGCCGAUGAAAACUCUAUAGGUGUUAAAAUAGAAUAUGUAGACCACAAUGCUGCGCUUAGCCAAUCACCUGACUGGUAUGAAAAUGGAUCUCCCAAACAUGAGCAGACUUAUCAUGAUGAUGGGAGAAUUAAGGAGUUAAAACCCGAAGCAGGAAAUGGAAAUCAAACGUACGUUACCCUGCCCCCUUUUCGGAAUUAGCAAAAAUUGUAAAUAGACACUAUUUGUAAAUAAUUUCAGAUUUUACAUUACUGUAUAUAUUUUCUUGGCGAGAGCAAUGUAGUCAAAAUAUUCAUUAGUAUUAUGAGCAAUUUAAAAUACCCCUUGAUCUAAACUCUCAACAAUGACGUUUUUAUUGUAAAAAUUACUAGCAAAUAUUUUUCAAUAUUUUCAAUUUUAAAGAAAUUUAAUCAAGCAGUCAAAAUGUGGUAGGAACUAAAAUUCGAAUUAUUUUUCAUGUGCGCUUUUUAAGAUGGACAAAUAAAGCAGAACAGGGUGGUGACGUACUCGACAAAGGGACUCUAUAAUUGCAUUCAGGACAUGUCGUUUACCGUGAUAAUAAUCUUUAGCUAAGUAGUUCUUUUUAUACCCACAAAAAUGAAUAAAAAUAUAAUCUAAAAGUAAAGAUGAUUCAGAUUUGAUUACAGAAUAGGGCGUCUACUAUGUGCUUAUUUACACGUAUUUCUUGAUAAUUUCAAUUAUGAGGUGUAGGUAGAUGGUUUAGACCAGAGCGCAUCUGUAAAAAUAUUAGUACAUUUCGAUGUUGAGAGGUGACUCAUAUUUUUUGCAGAAAUUGCUUGGAAUUAACUCAUAUAAUAAUAAUUGAAUUAUCCUCCCACUCAAAAAGGUCCGGAACAUAGUUUAAAUAAUCAAAAUGUCAAAAAAUGAAGGACACAUUCGAUUUUUUUCUUCGUAUUUUGAUUAUAACUUUAAAAGUAAUCAUUUUCCAGAAAAGUUGUAUUUACAUAAAAGUUGCGUAAUUAAAUUUUCUACACCAUAGGAUUGGUUAAAUUUUUUAAAAAUUGUCACCCUUGUUGCAAAAUAGCAAUGAUUUCGAAAAAACCAUAAAAAAAACAAGUAUUUGUAUUUUACGUUUUUCAACCAUUUAUGCUACACUUAGGACCUUUCAAUUUCACCCAGAAACACUUGAUGAUAUAUUAAAACAAUACUAUAAAUUUCAUUAAGAUGGGUUUAAUAGAUUUUGCAAAAUAAAUUUUGCAAUCCAGCUUUCGCAAAAUAAAUUCAUUUUUUUUAAAUGUUGCAGGAUUAAAAAUAGAGCAAACAGAAAGUUUAAUUUUUUUAAAAAGACUAAGUUUUCACUCUAAUGGCAUAUUAUAACAUAUCCCACCAGAAUGAAAACAAUGAGAACCUUCUCUGGUUACACCUCCGAGGCUUCUACAAUUUGCAAGCCAUACGGAUGCUGAGACUAAGGAAGAUGAGGGAAUUCUACAAUUUACAAUUCACGUCACAUCUGCUCAGCGCGGUAAAGUUCCAACGAGACUGGUACA